AUGAGCAACGCCGUAGAUUCCUUAUUGGCUCGCCUUAAGAUACCGGAUUUGAUUCCGAAGUUCCGGGAGAUGAAGGUGGACCGCAUCAUCAACUUGCGCAAGCUGAGUGAAGAGGAGCUUCGUGAGGCGGUUCCCGACGAAGCACAGCGGAACCUCAUUCUCCACGCCAUCAGCAACCGCGGAACGCACAACAAGAAACAGCCGCCACAGGCGGCAAACAUCAAUCCCCCACGCAACACGGAUGACAGCAACCGCGGCGGCAUGCCGUUCCCACGUGGGGCGCCGCGUGUUGGUGGUGGCGGCGGUCAUGGCGGCAGCGCUGGUGGACGCGGCGGCGGUGAAAACAACGCGCCGUUCCCCGGCCGCCAGCGCGUGUGCAAUCACUUCUUCUCCGGCGACUGCAAGUUCGGCGACAGCUGCCGCUAUAGCCAUGACAGAGCGCUUUACCAGAAGGAAAUGGCAGAGGGUGGCUCGCGGCGUCCCAACGAGGUGGUGGGCAAUUCAGAGGACUACAGCGAGGUGUGUGAGAUUCCCACACACCGCAUCAAAUUCCUGCUUGGCAACAAGGCAGAGCGCCUCAAGCAGAUUCACAGCAAGUUUCACACACACAACAAACCAUUUAAGCACGUCGAAUCGACCGUUGAGAAAUUUGAGUUGAUAGUAUACGGCCCCGACGCUCAAUCCGUGCAGCAAUCAAAGCAGAUGAUUCUGGCUUACGUGGGAGUGAAAAGAGAGGAGGAGCAAAAGAACCGCCUGAUGUACGCCAUCAACGAACUAGGCAGCAACCAACGCGCUGCCAAGCUUGUAGCUGCCUGCAACAUUAAGAAUGAAGGAACAGUGCGUGAGCUCUCGGAGGCGUCUCUAAGGAACAUUGUAUCCUUUUUCCGCUUCGAGAAGCAGCAAGACAUUCGUCACUUCUGGGUUAACACCGGCAACGAGCGGAACAAGCUGGAAACUAUCGCUACAAUAGUAGCCCAGUUGCGGGGCGUGCAGGCUAUCAUGUUUUGUGACCAGAAGCGCGUGAUCGAAAUGAGUAAGGUUGCGUCGAAGAUCACGCGGUACUUCAACGGUAUCACUCCUCUGUUCAUUCAUCGUAGCCUUCCAAAAGAGGAGCGCAUGAAGCUGCUGCAAGAAUUCAAGGACGGUGAGGAGAAUGAGAACGGCAUUCGCGAACGUUUGCUUGUCACAAAUGAGGAUUAUGCAAAAUUGGCCCGAAAGACCCUCGUCCCGUACGUCAACCUUAUCAUCAACUAUUCAGUGCCACGGACAGAGGAGUACUAUUUGCUUCAGUCGCUCGUCGCGGGGCGCAGCGACACUGUGGGAGUCUCUAUCCUGUGUGUUAGCCCGUACGAGCAAUCCGUGUUCCAUGAACUGCAACAGAAUAUCCCGUUUCAAGCGCUCGAGGACGAGAACAGCUUCAGGGAUACAGCGGUGCAGCUGGUGUACGACACUGUUUCCAACCCACUCACCACGGAUGACGCCGACCCGCCGAAGGACUGGCGAGAGAAGAUGAACCAGCCUAAGGGGGAAACCGGGUGA